CCUUCAUCUCCCCCAGCUCGAGCUCCAAGCCUGUCCCGGUCCUCCUGGCGAGCAGCAUCCCUCUCUCGACUCCUCUGCUACCGCCCGUGUUCGUUCGCCAGGCCCACCCACAUGCCUCCCGCUUCGAUCCCGUCGCAUCUCACCACCACCCGGAGGGAUUCCGUCAACUCCCAGACCGAGCCACCAACCUCCCCCACACGCCUUGCCCAGGAGGACGCCGAUGAUCUGUCGCCUGCCGACAUCUGGGCCUCGAUCCUCAAGAGUGUCUCGUCCUCCAAGGUCGUCCCGACCAAGAACAUCAUCGUCGUCGGCGACUCCAACUCGGGCAAGUCCACCAUCUCGAAUGCCAUCAAGAACCCGAACGAGUACUAUGCCCCUGACUCGUCCGAGCUGGCCCUUUCCUAUUCGUUUGCUGAGGUCAACGACGAUGGAGAUGUGAUUGCCAGAAUCGGCAUCUACCAGAUUGCCGGGGAUACGCAGUACCAGUCUGCGAUCCCGCACGUCCUCGACGCCGAGGCCAUCUGCGAUGCCCUGAUUGUUGUUGUCCUGGACUGGAACAAGCCGUGGAGCUUUGUCGAGAGCCUGGAAAAGUGGCUGUCCUCGCUCGAGGAUCAAAUCAAGACCAUCUGCUCCAAGAACAAGGGCCAACUGGAGGAGCUGCAAGAGCGAGUCGAGAGCUUUUGGCGAAACUACGCCGAGCCCUCGGAUGCCCAAAGCACCACCGGUAGCCUGCGCAACAUCCCCAGUUCGGCGACUGAGGUCAACUCGGUCGCUGGAAUCGCCGCAGCGCGUGAUGUGGUCCUGCCUCUGGAGAAGGGCGUGCUGAUGAAGAACCUCGGCGUUCCCGUCGUCGUCGUGGCUGGAAAGGCUGAUGCUCAUGCCCAACUCGAGAAGGACAAGGACUUCAAGGAGGAGCAGUUUGACUUUAUCCAGCAAGUCCUCCGGUCCAUUUGCCUAAAGUAUGGCGCUGCCCUUUUCUAUACCUCCAGCCACCGAAUCGAAACCAUCCGCAACCUGCGCGGCUACAUCCUUCAUCGCCUCUUUGCCAAAAGCAGCGCGGCCAGCGAGCACAGCGACCCGUUCCGAUUCACCGAGCGUGCCAAUGUCCUCGAGCGCGACACACUGCUGGUCCCUGCCGGUUGGGACAGUUGGGGCAAGAUCAAGAUCAUCAAGGGCGACUUCCAGCCGAACGUCUUUAGUUCAUGCGACGAGGAUGGCUCAUUAGCCCAGGGCGGGAACAUCCAGGCGGCCCUCGAUGCUUAUGCCAAGGUGAUCAAGAACCCAAAGCACAACAAGGGUCUGAAACCCAAGAACUCUGUUCUGGUCGAGGACGAGCAAAAGUUCCUCGAGAAACAGCUGGAGACCCUGCAGAGCAGCGUUGAGCAGCCCCCGACGGGCGAUCAUCAGGUGGCCAGCACCGGAAACGCUGGCGCCGUGCCGGCCCCCAGCACUGUUAUCGGGUCUGGCCCGUAUGCCCACCACCGAUCAGCCAACAGCGACCUGCUUGAAGACAUCAGUGCCAAGCUGAAUCGACUCAAGGCCAAGGAGCCGUCGCUGAUAUCCACUGUCGGCCGGGACAAGAUGAGAUACGGAACCGAGAGCGUCGCACUCCCCGCUGGCAUGAACAUGUCGCCGACAUCUGCAACCUCGGGCUCCUCCAUCGCCGGCAUCCCAGGAUCGUCGGCACUGCCGUCCUCGAACCAGAACGAGGUUCUGUCCAACUUCUUCCAGUCGCUGCUCAACAAGAAGGGCACCUCAAUAUCCUCCACCAGCUCGGACGCCGCCAUGUCGCGGAGCCAGUCCCAGAUGGCUCGCUCCAUGAGCCAUGCUGCGCGGGAGCGGGAGCGCGAGCGCGAGCCCAAUGCCUGAUUGUGCAUAUUUUGCUUGCCGGAACGUCCUCGAGACCUUUGUGCCCUUUCGACCCAUGUUUGCCGUCGCCGAUCUUUCCCACCUCGUCAAUACAGUAUCUCGGCUUUUAUCGAA